AAAUUGAGGUUGGGGAAAAAAAACCAAAAUCACAGAGAGGUGUUGAAUUGGAUUAACCCCAUCUCUCUCCUGCCCCAAAAGCAAAAACAUACAUAGAUUUGAUUUGAAGAAACUACAAGGAGAUGUACUAGUUUGAUAACCCCAAUUCAGGGUCUUCUUUAUUCACAAUCUUACUCUUAUUCCCUCAUAAACCCCCCAUUUUUCAUUUUCAAACCCUAACCUCUUUCCCAUUGAGAGAGAGAGAGAGAGGGGACAGAGAGAGGGAGGGAGGGAGAGAGAGAGGCGUUGUUCUAUCAAUUCAAUUCAGAUCAAUUCUGUAACGGAAGAAUUGCGCUUAUUGAAUCAAGGGUUUAGCUGCUCAGAGUCUUGCAAGUUAAAUCAGACUUAGAGAGAUGAGUAACAAUAAUAAUCAGAAGAAGAGGGUUUUUCAAAUCGAGGCGUUUAAGCACAAAGUGGUGGUUGAUCCUAAGUAUGCCGAUAAGACGUGGAAGAUUUUGGAGCAUGCCAUUAAUGAGAUUUAUAAUCAUAAUGCUAGCGGUCUUAGUUUCGAGGAGCUUUAUAGAAAUGCCUAUAAUAUGGUGUUGCACAAAUUUGGGGAGAAGCUGUAUUCAGGGUUAGUGUCAACAAUGACUUACCACCUAAAUGAGACUUCAAGAUGUAUAGAAGCUGCCCAAGGUGCCUUGUUUCUGGAAGAACUUAACAGGAAAUGGACUGAUCAUAACAAAGCAUUGGAGAUGAUCCGUGACAUUCUGAUGUACAUGGACAGGACUUAUAUUCCAAGUAACCGUAAAACCCCUGUUCAUGAGCUUGGCUUGAACCUUUGGAGGGACAUCGUGGUACACUCCCCUCAAAUAGAGACAAGGCUUUCAAACACGCUUCUUGAACUUAUACUCAGAGAAAGAACUGCUGAAGUUAUAAACCGGGGUUUGAUGAGGAGCAUCAUUAAGAUGUUGAUGGAUCUGGGACCUUCAGUUUACCAGGAACAAUUUGAGAAGCCUUUUCUUGAAUUGUCAGCUGAAUUCUACAGGUGUGAGUCACAAAAGUUUAUCGAGUCCUGUGACUGUGGGCACUACCUAAAGAAAGCUGAGAAACGUCUGAACGAAGAAAUCGAGCGGGUAUCUAACUAUCUGGAUACAAAGAGUGAAAUCAGGAUAACUAAUGUUGUGGAGAAGGAGAUGAUUGCAAACCAUAUGCUUAGAUUAGUCAAUAUGGAGAAUUCAGGUUUAGUGAGCAUGCUUCUUGAUGAUAAGUACGAAGACUUGGGAAGAAUGUACAGUUUAUUCCGCCGGGUUCCGAAUGGUCUCUCAACAGUAAGGGAUGUGAUGACAUCUCACCUUAGAGAAACUGGUAAACAGCUUGUAACUGAUCCAGAAAAGGUGAAAGACCCUGUGGAGUUUGUCCAGUGCUUGUUGAAUGAAAAAGAUAAAUAUGAUAAAAUAAUAAAUGUGGCAUUUAGCAAUGACAAGACAUUUCAAAAUGCUUUAAAUUCAUCAUUCGAGUUUUUCAUUAAUCUGAAUUCUCGCUCUCCUGAGUUCAUAUCAUUGUUUGUUGAUGAUAAAUUGCGGAAAGGUCUGAAAGGAGUCAGUGAGGAGGAUGUUGAGAUUGCUCUUGACAAGGUAAUGAUGCUCUUCCGAUAUUUACAGGAGAAAGAUGUUUUCGAAAAAUACUAUAAGCAACACUUGGCUAAACGACUGUUGUCGGGAAAAACUAUUUCUGAUGAUGCCGAGAGAAGUCUGAUUGUUAAGCUCAAGACAGAAUGUGGAUACCAGUUCACGUCAAAAUUAGAAGGAAUGUUCACAGACAUGAAAACUUCUCAAGAUACAAUGCAGGGGUUCUAUGCUACCCAUGGCGCUGAGUUAGGAGACAGCCCUACAUUAGCUGUCCAGGUUCUGACCACAGGGUCAUGGCCUACCCAGCCAAUUGUCACUUGCAACCUGCCAGCUGAAAUGUCUUCUCUGUGCGAGAAGUUCCGUUCUUAUUAUCUAGGAACACAUACAGGCCGGAGAUUGACUUGGCAAACAAACAUGGGCACAGCUGACUUAAAGGCAACCUUUGGCAAGGGGCAGAAGCAUGAGCUAAAUGUAUCUACUUGUCAGAUGUGUGUCCUCAUGUUGUUUAAUAAUGCUGAUCGGUAUAGCUAUAAAGAGAUAGAGCAGGCUACUGAGAUCCCUUCAGCAGAUUUGAAGAGGUGCUUGCAGUCAUUGGCAUGUGUCAAGGGAAAGAAUGUACUUCGAAAAGAUCCAAUGAGCAAGGAUAUCAGCGAGGAAGAUGUAUUUUUUGUAAAUGACAACUUUACUAGCAAACUCUACAAGAUAAAAAUAGGAACAGUAGUUGCACAAAAGGAGUCAGAACCUGAAAAACAAGAAACAAGGCAAAGAGUGGAGGAGGACAGAAAACCUCAGAUCGAGGCUGCAAUAGUAAGAAUCAUGAAGUCAAGGAGAGUUCUGGAUCAUAACAAUAUUAUUACUGAGGUCACGAAGCAGCUGCAGUCCAGAUUCCUUGCGAACCCAGGAGAGAUCAAGAAACGAAUCGAGUCAUUGAUUGAGCGUGAGUUUUUGGAGAGAGAUGGCACAGACAGGCACUUGUACCGAUAUCUUGCUUGAAGAUGGAACUUAGGGUAUUCUUUGUUUUUCUGAAUUACUCUUUCAACUUCACCAUGUUUUAUAGUGGGAGUAUAUUUGAAUCUUAGCGAGUUCCAAAGGCUUAAUCAUAUACAUUGCUACCGCUAAGUUUCAUGCUGCUGCUUCUGCUCCAGAGUCUGCCAAAAUGAGAAUAAUAGUAACUUUAGCAGAAUGAAAUCAUGUCUGUGAUUACGAUUAGAUGUCUUUUUCUUAAUAUCAUUGUUUGAUUACAAUAUGCUGCAUCGCGCAUCAUAAAAUCCAAAUAUAAAGGUGUCUUGUAUUGUACUGAGGUACUCAAUUCCAUUGUUGUUUAAUUCAAUUGUUUUGUUUCCUGUU